AUGAGCUCCUCGAGAAAGCUCCAGGUUUCUUCACCAGUUCCCGCCGAUAUCGACAUCGCCAAUUCAGUCGAGCCUUUACACAUCGCCGAGAUUGCCCAUGAUCUCAAUCUCAGCCCACUUCACUACGAUCUCUAUGGCAAGUACAAAGCCAAGGUGUUGUUGUCUGCGUUUGACGAGCUUCAAGGGCAAGAAGAUGGAUACUAUGUUGUUGUUGGAGGGAUUACUCCAACUCCUCUUGGAGAAGGCAAAUCCACUACCACUGUUGGACUUUGCCAAGCCUUAGGAGCUUACCUUGAUAAGAAGGUUGUGACUUGCCUUCGCCAACCAUCACAAGGACCGACCUUUGGAAUCAAAGGAGGUGCAGCUGGUGGUGGAUACAGUCAGGUGAUUCCUAUGGAUGAGUUCAAUCUUCAUCUCACUGGAGACAUUCACGCCAUCACUGCUUCCAACAAUCUCUUAGCUGCUGCGAUCGACACUCGGAUCUUCCAUGAGGCGUCUCAGUCGGACAAGGCUCUCUUUAAUAGGCUGUGCCCUCCGAAUAAAGAAGGGAAGCGUAGUUUCAGCGACAUUAUGUUUAGGCGUUUGACAAAGCUUGGGAUUGAGAAGACUAGUCCUGAGGAGCUUACUCCUGAGGAAGUAAAGAGCUUUGCUAGGCUUGAUAUUGAUCCUGCUUCUAUCACUUGGAGAAGAGUGAUGGAUGUUAAUGACCGGUUCUUGAGGAAGAUCACUAUUGGACAAGGUCCUGAGGAGAAAGGGAUGACUAGAGAGACAGGGUUUGACAUUUCUGUUGCUAGUGAGAUUAUGGCUGUUUUGGCUUUGACUACCUCACUAGGUGAUAUGAGAGAGAGGCUUGGAAAAAUGGUGAUUGGUAACAGCAAGGCCGGGGAUCCGAUAACAGCUGAUGAUCUCGGUGUUGGAGGAGCCUUGACUGUUCUGAUGAAAGACGCUAUUAACCCAACACUCAUGCAGACACUUGAAGGGACACCUGUGCUUGUUCAUGCUGGUCCUUUUGCAAACAUAGCUCAUGGGAAUUCAUCUAUCGUUGCGGAUAAAAUCGCUUUGAAGCUGGUCGGACCUGGUGGGUUCGUGGUGACAGAAGCAGGGUUUGGUUCUGAUAUCGGAACAGAGAAGUUCAUGAACAUUAAGUGCCGUUACAGCGGGCUAACGCCUCAGUGUGCGGUCGUUGUGGCGACUGUUAGGGCCUUGAAAAUGCAUGGUGGUGGGCCUGAUGUUGUUGCCGGGAGGCCUCUUGAUCGCGCGUAUGUAAGCGAGAACGUUUCCUUGGUUGAAGCUGGAUGUGUGAAUCUGGCAAAGCAUAUUUCAAACACAAAGGCGUACGGUGUGAAUGUGGUUGUUGCCGUGAAUAUGUUCGCAACGGAUACGGAAGCAGAACUAAAUGCAGUGAGGAAGUUUUCAAUGGAUGCUGGUGCUUUUGAUGCUGUGAUUUGUUCCCACCAUGCUCAUGCUGGCAAAGGAGCGGUGGACCUUGGUAUCGCUGUUGAGAAAGCUUGUCAAAACAUUACACAGCCACUUAGGUUUCUCUACCCAUUGGACAUUAGCAUCAAAGACAAAAUUGAGGCCAUAGCCAAGUCAUAUGGAGCCAGUGGUGUGGAGUACUCAGACCAGGCUGAGAAACAGAUUGAGAUGUACACUCAACAAGGGUUCUCCAAUCUUCCGAUAUGCAUGUCGAAAACACAGUACUCUUUCUCGCACGAUGCGUCGAAGAAAGGAGCACCUACGGGUUUCGUGUUACCGAUAAGGGAUGUACGAGGAAGUAUAGGAGCUGGUUUCAUAUACCCGUUGGUUGGCACAAUGAGCACAAUGCCUGGACUUCCUACAAGACCAUGUUUCUACGAGAUUGACAUUGACACUGUCACUGGCAAAGUUCGUGGCCUUUCUUAA